CAACCCGGUGUGUUGAGUUGUAUUGCCUUGUGGGCUGAGGUUGUGGCCGUGUCGCCGUGACAGUGUGUGCCGCGCCCUGCAGCACGCCGCCGCAGCACCCUCGCCUGUGUGGGAGUGGCGUAGUGCACCCGGACAUCCACCACAGUCGUCCGAGGAGGGGCAAGCAGCGCACGAGUACGGGGGUCACCAUGGUCCGCGGAGGCAGGCUGCUGGCCAUCUUGCCGCUGCUGACGCUGCACAGAUGGUCCGCGGCACAGCUGCUGCACCAGGACCCCGGCAAGUCCGUGCCCAGGAUAGCUGUUGUCGGGGGUGGCAUUGGAGGCACUGCCACUGCCUACUUCCUCCAUGACCUCUUCGGGGAUGACGUGCUGAUUGACCUCUAUGAGUCAGGGCAUGUUGGGGGACGGCUGGCCACUCUCCCCAUAGCAGGCUUUCAGUAUGAGGUCGGUGGCUCCGUCAUUCACCCAAGCAACCACUACGUGAGCAACUUUGUGUCUCAGUUUGGCCUCAGCCAUGCCAAAACCUGCCCCCAUUUAACGGGUCUGUUCAACGGCGAGGAUUACGUGUUCACCUCAAGCAACAGUGAUUUGAUCGAUGCCGCCAAACUCUUCUUGCGCUAUGGCUGGGAUGCCUAUCGUAUCAAGAAAGUGCCGGGUGCUGUUCUCCAAGACUUCAUAAAAAUCUACAGGCUGCAGCAAGAGGGCCAGGCCUUCAAGGACGUGGCAUCGUUGCUCUCGGCACUGAGCAAGGAUAUGCUGAGGAUGACACAGGUGUCCACCACAGACUGGCUGAUGGAGAAAGGCCUUUCCCCUCAGACCAUCAAUGAGCUGGUGAUGUCUGUGGCGCAGUGCAACUAUGGCCAGACACCAGCAAUGCACGCCUUAGUGGGCCUCAUUGCCCUGGCUGGUGCAGACAGCAGCCUGUGGUCUGUGGAGGGAGGCAACAAGCGUAUCGCGGAGGAGCUCCUCAAACAUUCCCGUGCGUCUUUGCUGCACCGGCAGGUGACUCAUGUGGCUCCCAGCACCGACACCCCAGACAGGUUCAUGGUCAGGUCAAAGGAAGUCGAGGGGCUCAAGAACACACUCUUCACUGAGGCUGAGGUGAAGGUGGCAGCAGCUGCAGCAGAGGAAUAUAAUGCAGCACCAGAGGGUGAGGAGCUCAGCAGGGAGCAAGAGUACGACUUUGUGGUCCUGGCCACGCCACUCACCAGUGACAAGAGCAAGAUCAGGCUGGCUAACUUCACCCAGCAGUUCACCUUCCCAGGCCACUAUGAGGCCAUCCGCACCACCAUGGUGAGGGGUGUGCUGCGGCCCGAGAGCCUCAUGAUGACUGAGGACGAGGUGUUGGAUGAGGUCCUUGUCACCAACCCCAAGCUUAUGUUUAACUCGUUUGGCCUCCAAACUCCUGUGAAGGACGGGACAUGUAAAGAAAAUGCCGUUGGUGUCUGGAAGAUCUUUUCUCCACACAACAUCCCUGAAGAGCAUCUGGACAUAUUUUUCAAGAGACGGGAGUCAACAGAUGUUGUGUCGUGGCUCGCCUACCCCCACUACUCCUCCAACCAGACUCUAGGGAACUUUGAACUAGUGCCUGGCCUGUACCACCUCAAUGCCAUAGAGUGGGCUGGGAGCGCCAUGGAGAUGAGCGUCAUCGGGGCAAAGAAUGUGGCACUUCUUACCUACAAGCACUGGAAGAAUGACCCUGAUGCUGGAAGAAAGGCACCUGUGAAAGAAGAACUGUAAUAAGAGAGAGAGACAGAGAGGGAGAGAGUGUCACUAGUAGAAGCUGGCUGUCUGGCUGUCUGUCAAGGUUUUACAAUAGCUGUGUGUUGGGUGGACUUACCGUAUUUCCUGCCAUAUAAGACGCACUUUUUUUCAAAAAAGAAGAGUAAAAAAAAUCACCCUGCAUCUUAUACCCCGAUGGUUAGGUUUUGGUAAGCCUAGGGCAGUGGUUCCCAACCUUUUUUUCAGGCGACCCCAAACAUGCACCUCUAGACUUGACUGUGACCCCACUACAGUCUAUUCAUUUGGGCAAAGCCACUCACGGUAGCUUAGUCCCAGCGACUCCACUUCCCCCUUCUGGCUGGGUAGCUCCGAGUUGGAUGAUGUAACCUACGUGUCAUGUUAAGUAGUCAACAUAAAAUGGUAAGUAGUAAUAAUAAAAUGUUAAGUAGUCAACAUAAAAUGGUAAGUAGUAAUAAUAAAAUGUUAAGUAGUCAACAUAAAAUACAUAUCCAACAUAAACUGCUGAUUUAUGUUCAAGCACUGCCCAAGGUGAUUUAAUUACAGUUUACAUGAUGGAGGAAAGAAAAAUCUUUGACAUGAUAUGUAUUUUAUGAUAUGUAUUUUAUGUUGACUACUUAACAUUUUAUUAUCACUAUUUACCAUUUUAUGUUGACUACUUAACAUGACAAGUAGGUUACAUCAUCCAACUCGGAGCUACCCAGCCAAAAGGGGGAAGUGGAGUCGCUGGGACUAAGCUACCGUGAGUGGCCUUGCCCAAAUGAAUAGACUGUAGUUUAGUUGUAUAUGUGUUAUUAUAAUAUAAUAGCACCAUGUUUGAUAUAUUGAGGUCUUGGCGACCCCAGGAAAAACACUUGGCAACCCCACUUGGGGUCGCGACCCCAGGGUUGGGGUUAUUGUUACUAGCACGAAACCAACACCCAAAACACCUCCGUUUGAUAUAAUAGUUCCAUGAUGUCCCAAAAAUUAAAUAUAUCGUAUUUUGUGGCGUGUAAUUCGCACUUUUUUCACUCAGAAAAUGCCAAAAAGUUACCCCUGCGCGGUAUAUGCCGAAGGUACAAAUUCUGAUUGCCUUAAAUAAUGAAUAGUGUGAUGCAAUAGAAAAGGAAAAUGUGAAUAAGCAGAAGAGAGGAGGAGGACAUCUGAUGCGAAAAAAACAUACAGGUCACAAAAAGAAGAUGUGCCACACGUGGGAGCCGAUGAGUGGCGUGAACAGGAAACACAAAACACAAUUCCACCAUAGCGCCAGUCACCAGUGUGCUGGGUGAUGGUUAAAGCGGCUAUUACACGAGAACAAUAUUGGUGGAGCAGUGUGCUGCCUGACAUGAUUCAGCUCGGCUACCGUGGGGCAGACUUGGGCGGAUUACCAUAGUCUGGAGGUAUUUCUGCUGUGCAAUGGCCUGGUCAGCUGACAUUUUCUGUGAUACAUAUUCUAAAGAAUGGAUAUCCGAGGAUGACUAAAGUGUUUAUUGUAAACGCAUUUUUGUUUCUCAUUGUAAAAAUAACUAUAUUGAAACAUAAUAUGAUUGACAGAAAUUAAUCAACAUCUACUUCUACUUGAGCUGGUCCCUGAAAGUCAAGAUCAAGACCAAGAUUGCCCAUCGAACGUAACAUCCCUGUGUGAUUAGUUCCCUCAGUAGCUCGGCGAAAGUUACAGCCUGCACACUGCGCAUUGAGUGAAUCUACCAACCAACCCUUUUGUUUACCAUUUCAAAGUCACAGCUGCUUGGGGUAAGAGCACAGUAACUUUUCAACCAGCAAUGGAACACUGAAUACAGAAAAGGGCACAAAGCAACAUACGGUAUCAUAGUCAUAAUUGUAAGUAAGGUGGCCAAAUGUAAUACUGCACAUACAUCAAGUUCCGGGAAAUCUGGAUUUGCCAAAUUAUAGGUGUGUCUUAUACUCCGGAGCGUCUUAUAUGGCAGGAAAUACGGUACUUUCUUCCUUCUCUGCAUUAGAGAUCCAUUAAGAGUGUUGACUGAAAAUUCUUUCAGGCUGUCAAAUAAGCCCCUAAGAGUCACAAGACCUCAAGCAUCAAUUAGAAAAGGUUGGAACACAUUUUUCUUGAGGCUUGUGUGCUCUGCAUGUCAUAAGAGUUGUUGACAUGUAAUGAAGUUUUGAACCAUGUUAGAUCAUCAUAAUGGCUUGACUGUUAAUUCGUUCAGGCUGUCAUACAAGCCCCUUAGAGUCACAAGACCUCAAGCAUCAAUUAGAAGAGGUUGGAACACUUAUUUUUCUUGUGGUUUGUGUCCUCACUCUGUAUGUCAUAAGAGUCGUUGUGUAAUGCAGUUUUGAACCAUGUUAGCUCUUCAUAAUGCCUUGACUGCAAAGUUUUCAAGCUUUCAUGCAAGCCCUUAAGAGUCACAAUGCCUCAAACAUCAAUUAGAAGAGGUUGGAACACUUAUUUUUCUUGUGAUUUGUGUCCUCUCUCUAUGUUGUAAGAGUUGUUGUUUUGUUAUGGAGUUUUGAACCCUGUCAGAUCAUAAUGGCUCAAGUGACACCUUCACAGGGCAAGGGACACAUGAUUGAACACACACACACAAACACACACUCAAGUAACACCUCCACAUGACAGGACACUUGAAUGAACACACACACACACACACACACACGCACACACACACACACACACACACACACACACACACACACACACACACACACUUGUUACAUCUCCAGAAGACAGAGGACACAUGGCACAACCUGUUGCUGGCUUGAUCUUGGGUUUGACUGUGGUAAUACUUCUGGCCUUGCAACCCUAGAUGACCCACAUGAAAAAAUUACUCCAUUUUUCAUCACCUUACAUGCAAAGAACUAUGCAAACAAGUACCCUUAAACUGUUUUUGUAUGAGUGACCUUGUAGCUUGAUAGUUAAAAGGAAUGCCAAUGUUAUUUUGAGGAAGAUUUAGUUGCAUUUAGUUGCAUUGCCUCCUGUUUAGACAAAAAAUUAUUUUAACAGUUUGGGAUUGAGUUUGUAUGCCAGUCUGUGUGUGUCAUUCUCAGAAGAGAGGUUGUUUUAAUAUGAAGAUUGUUGGGUUCACAAGGAGAGAAUGACUAAAAAGAGUAAGAAUUGGUAAUGUAGGAUGGAUUGUAAGGUUGGCAGAGAGAGAGAAUUAGGCAAAAGAGUGAGAAGAUGAUAUGAGCAAAGGACAGGUAAUGUAAAAUGGGGAUUGUGAGGGUGGCAGAGAGAUAAAAGAAGGCAUAAAGAGAAGGAAAAUAAAAUGAACUGAUGAGAGGUGGUAUGAGAAAAAGGUUGUGAGGGUUGACAGAGAGAAUGAAGCCAAAAGGGUGAGAAAAUAAAAUGAUCAGACAGGAAUUGGUAUAAAAGGAAGGUUGUUAGGUUGCAGUGAGAGACUGGAGCAAAAAGAGUGAGAACAGACGAGAGUUGGUUUAAGAGGAAGGUCGUGAAGGCAGCAGGGAGAGAGUGGGAAAGUAGUAUUGGUGGCAGAGAGGGAAAGGGGCAAAAGAAUGGGAAACUAUAAGACAGGAUGAUUAGAUGAACACAUGCAUCAAAAAGUUGAGGUAUGGCGAAGUAAUAACAAAGAUAAUUGUGCACAGACUAGCAAACAAACUCCACAUAUCUUGUUUCAUGUCGGCUUCAUCGUCAUUGUUCAUUUAUGUACACAUACACGGCUUGACAAAGGUGGAGAGGCAUAUUCUCCAUUACUUGAGGUCAUUUGUUGCAACCUGCCUAGCCAGACUUACUUUUGUAUAGUGAAGCUCUGUAUGAGUUGCCAUGCCUAGGACUGGACCGUGUCUUUCAUUACCAUUGUUAUGACUCCAGAUAGUGGUGUUGUUGCUUUGCUGUUAAAUACCUUAAAUAUACAUGUUAAAGUUGA